UGUCGUACCGUGGUUAAGCACGAUUGCCCCCCCUUCCUCCCCAUUAGGGGACCGGCGUCCGCACAUCAGAGAACGUGACAGCUACUUCCUGUCUUUACUUUGAGUCGUGUUAGUCAGAUACAAACUGAACACUUCAUUAUGAGGGCUGUCAGCGUUGUGGACUUUAGGGUUGAAGCAUGCUUGAAGUUUUUGGGAAAAGAUCCCGACGACGUCUGAAACAGAAGACACCAGUCUGAAGAUGGACGCUCUUCUUCUUCUGCUCUUCACCGUCGCUGCUUCAGGACUGUGUGCCGAGUCACCACAAGUGAAACGACGGUUCUUUUUUUAUUAUGACCACAAGACCCGAGAUGAAGCCCGGGCCUUCUGCAGAGACAAACACACAGACCUGGCCACCAUAACCAGCAUGGAGGACGUGGACACCCUGACGAGCAUGGCCGAUCUAAGCCAAAUGUGGCAGAUUGACUACAGCAAUCGAGCCUGGAUUGGUCUGUACGAUGACGUGGACAGCUGGAGCUGGUCACUGUCAGACCCGAGUUUCUACGACGCUGGAGAGGUCGAGUUCAGACAGUGGGCAGGAGGAAUGCCUGACAACGCACAAAGUGCACAACACUGCACAAUAAUGCAUUCUGACGGAUUAUGGAACGAUUUGCAAUGCACGGAUAACCUUAAGUCUGUCUGCUGCGACCUCACAGGGUCGAAUGUGACCUUUGUCCUCAUCUCCACCGACAUGUCAUGGACUGAGGCCCAGAGCUACUGCAGAGAACACCACACUGACCUGGCCAGUGUGAGAAACCUGGACGAGAACCAGAAGAUAAAGGAGCUGAUCCCUUUUCUACAGGCAGUCUGGAUCGGCCUCUCCAGAGAGACCUGGAAGUGGUUGGAUGGCAGUAACUCCUCGUUUAGGUACUGGAACCUGGGCUUCUCAGAGCCUAAUAACCUCUUUUCAAAGGAGGCUUGUGUGUCCGCAGACUUUGGCAACUUUGGGAAAUGGGAGGACUGGCCCUGUGGCUAUAAGAGAUCAUACAUCUGCUACACUGCAGGGAUCACGCAACAGGUGAUCAGAGUGAGUGUGCAGAAGAAGAAGAACCCCUCUGUGGAUCUGAACCACUCUGCUGUGAUGGAACACAUCCUGCAGCAGCUCCGACAGAAGCUGAGGGACGAGGGGCUGCAUGAAAACAUCCGACUGAGCUGGAGGAGGCAGCCGGGUGGAAACGUCUUCCAGAAGGAGGAGAGUGAGGAGAAGAAGGAAACGCCCGAAUGUUGAAAAGACUUUGUUUGUUUUCCUCUUUUUGUGAAGUGAGAUAGAGCGUUGAUAAGAUCCAGCUGUUUGUUGAUUAUUUAGUCCUUUUAACCAUUUUCAAUAUAAACAUCUGUUUCUGUAUUUAUUUAAAGCUUUGAUUUGUCAUAGACUGAGCUGCAAUAAACUUACUUUCAGUCGAUCGAGGGAAGUGUAGCAGACAUUUUUCACUUUAUAUUUAGAACAUGUUUAAAGCUCCAUCUCGGCCUCAUGUUGACCUUUGACCUCGUGUUGACCUUUGACCUCAUGUUCACCUCUCAUGUCGUCAGUGUGUGAAACCUUCAGAGCAGCUUUACAUGAUCCGAUUGAUCUCCACAUGCCCUCUCUCUUCUGAUUGGCCAGCUCUCUGGAAGCCUUCCUGUGAGGGGGCAGAACGCUGCAGGGCUGCCAGAGCACUGGGAAAAGAGAGUCUCUGUAAGAGGUUUCAGAGGCUCAAAGCCGUCUGGUGAAAUUCUUGGAUUCACAUCGGGGAACUAUGGCGUGAUUUACAGAACAAGCUGUUUAGCGCCCUCUACAGGUUUAUCCUGGGAUUGCUCCAACACACAUUUAUCUCAUGAUGUGAAACUGUGCCAACGUUUAGUUUAGACAUCCAGCAUUGUAACACUAUAUGAGAGUUUAAAGAAUAGUUUAACUUUUAUGAGUGAAGAUAAAUGAUGAUUAGUUCAGAUUAAAUCGAUGAGAUUCAACAAAAAGAGAAAAUAAGACGAGAUAUUAACGUUGUGCAUGUUUGUGUUCAG